AUGGACUCCUCCGAUAACUCCUUGUCAUAUUCCUGGGAGGACAGUCCGGCGUACCGCAACCGCACGUAUCAAUUCCGCACCCAAACCCUCUUCUUCAUCUUCGUCACCGUCAUCCUCGUCUUCGUGCUCCUCUACAUUUACGUCCAAUUGCGCUACUGCUUCUGCCCACCGCCGCCCUCCGCGGAGGAGCCUUCGGUGCAUUCCCUCGACGCCGCCGCCAUCGACAGCUUGCCGGUGACCGUGUACCGGUCGACCGCCCCACAAGCGGGAGAAACCGCGGAGUGCAGUAUAUGUCUUAGCGCGUAUCAAGACGGCGACAGAGUUAAGGUUUUGCCAGAAUGCGGCCACUCUUUUCACCGCCAGUGCGUCGAUCGGUGGCUUAUGACUCAGGCGAGCUGCCCCCUUUGCCGAUCUUCUCUCCGGGCGGAUCACGCGAGGGCCGACUCAGCCCUUUAG